GUCAGAGAGGAGGGAGGGAUCGCCCCCAUAGCGCGCAGCAUGAACGCUCCGCGGCAAAAGGAUGUGUGAACAAGCAGCGCGCUACUGCAGGGACGGCGUCCAAAAACUGCUCCACAAAGAACAAGCCAAACUCCGGGCACAGGACAGCAAAGACCAGCCCAAUCCCGGGGCCCAGGACAGCGAGACAGCGACGGCUGCACAGUCCGGAAACAGCGGCUCUCAGCCCGGUGGAAUAGACGGGCUCGUCCGCUGGAUAGUCACCAAGAUGAGCGACAAUAAAAGCAUCUCUACUCGGGAAUAUGUGAAGGAGGAGGCGGCGGUGGCUCAGGAGCAGUUCUUUGCACCGGAGCCCCGAAAGGGCAUUUCUGUCAUUUUGGAUAUUUUCCGGAGAGCUGAUAAGGAUGAUGAUGGAAAGCUCUCCCUUGAUGAGUUCCAGGCUUUCUUCUCUGAUGGGACUCUGAAUGAAGAGGAGCUGGAAAAACUGUUUCACACCAUUGACUCUGAUAACACCAGUUCUGGCUCAUUUCUCUGUUCAUUAGACUACUUUGCCAACCACAUGGGGGACUAUGAAGGUGUUCUGGCCUCCCUAGAGACACUCAACUUGGCCAUUCUCAAAGCCAUGGACUUCACCAAAAAGGUAUAUGAACGUGGAACUAAUGUUGAGCAGUUUGUGACCCGCUUCCUGCUGAAGGAAUCAGCCAGUCAGAUCCAGUCUCUGCUGAACUCUGUAGAAAGUGCUGUGGAUGCCAUUGAUGAGCAGCAUUCAUCAGUGGGAUCCUACCCUAGUAAGACCAGCCCACGCGUCCCAGAUAGGCGUUAUGAGGCCCCAGUGCCAGAUUAUCCUCCCAACAACAGAGUCAGUGCAAAGGAGAGCAUGAGGAACAUCAACACAGGUGCAGGAGCUGUGGAGGUGAGAAAAGAAGGACUUGAGGCACAGAUCAGCAGACUGGCUGAGCUGAUUGGACGUCUGGAGAAUAAGACAGUUUGGUUUGACCUACAUCAGCGACUAACAGACACUGAUGGCACAACUAGCGCAUCUCUCUACCUGAUUCGCCAGGAGAUGAAAGUGUCCCAGAAGCAGCUAGGAGAGUUCUGUGAGGCCCUGAAACAAUACCUGAAGAAUGUGUCUGCUCAGAGAGACUGUUUCCAUGUGACGGCUGUGCGGCUGCCUGACGGCCUUUCAUUUGUGGUGUAUGAGUUCUGGGAUGGAGAGGAGGAAUGGAAGAGGCACCUUCAGACUGCAGCUUGCAAGGCUUUCCAGCAUGUGAAAGUUGAUACUCUGUGCCAGCCCGAGGCUGUGUCCGCUGUCGCAGUGCCUGCCGCCUGGUGCAGCUUGAACAGAGACUGAGAAGUGAGCUGGUCUGCAGGUGGAACGGUCCCGCCUUAUGCCUGAAAACCUUCUUUUCUUCUCCUCUUUCUCCCUCUGUUAACUACCCUUCCCCCACUCCUUUCUCUCUGUGCUCUCCCCACUCUGUCUCCUUCUUUUUGUAAUUACUUGUUUACACAGUAUCCAUUUGAUAUUGAGCCAAAAGUAGUGUCGGCUGUAGAGAACGCCAGACACAGUACCAAUUCCCUCUUCCCCCACCACUGCAACACACAGAAAACACCCCUGAGCAUUUGGGAACCUCACCUGGUUGAGUCGCAUUUGAAAUAUCAACUUGCAUAAACAGUCUCUUCAAACUAGAUGAGGCUGAUUAAUAUUUCAUCCAAAUUCAAACAUGCAUCCGCUGCUUUGCAAACAGUUCCCUAUGGUACAACUUCUGAGAAGACAAAAACUGUGCAGCAAAGUAUUUCUACAGCCGUCCAUUGACAAUAGUGUUUCUUUAAAGGUCAUUUGAAAUUAGUUAUAGUGUUAUAAGUGCUUUGAACUGUAUCUUCAUGAAGCAUUUGUGUAAUGCACUGAGGCACGUAGAGAGACUGGUAAUUUUGUUAAAACACGACCAAUGAGGCAUUCUGCCAGUCAAAGGGCCUACAUUUACAACACACCAAAUAAACAUCUGGUCCAAAAGCACAAUGUACCUGAAGCAUAGAUGAGAUAGAUAAUAUCCUGAGAUAUAAUAGAAUUAUAUUGAAUAUUUUACGUUAAUAAUUUUUGAAUGAUAAUAUUUGGAUCUAGGAAGAGUACAUAGAGCUAGAGAGUGGCAUUAAAUUCUUAUUCCAUUAGUUUUAUUGCUUCUCUGUAAUUGAACAUUUGACAUCAAGUGAUUUCUCAGGACAAGCAAAAACUGUCCUCAUAGUAGAGGAUUUUUCCAAAGUGGGUCAGACUUUCACAGCUCUUAUUUGUUGAUCGGUAACUCAAAGGAUGUUGUAUUUGUGUGAAUUUAUGGUUGGCUCAAUGUUUAAACAACUCAAAACCAACACGGCCCAAACCUCAUUGUUCCUUUCCGUUUGCUUUCCCACCAAUCCUGCCUUCUGUUUGGUUUGUUUAUCCCUCAGAGUGAGUGCAUGUAACAAAUGAAUGUCCAGUAAAUUAUUUGCGGUAGAAUUUAGCUGUGCUACUUUAAAUGGAUUUUGUGCAUUUCUUAUUUUCUUUUAUAUUACUCCAGUAAUGGAACAAAAACCUCUCUCUCUCUAUAUAUAUAUAUAUGAAAUGAAUAAAACUUACUAUAUGAGCAGUCACUUUUAAUGGCAUCGUUUGAUGAAAUACUACUUCUUAUAUCCAUGUAUGUUUCCGUAUACUGGCUUUCUCUCUUAUAAGUGAGUGUAGAGAUUUAUUGCAGGGAUGCAAAGUAUUAUAUUCGUCUUAAAUUUGUUAAAAUUCUAGAUUAUGUAGAGUGCUGCUAUUCAAUAAAGUACUGAAAAAGGA